AUGGAAAAAAUGAUGAAACAGCAAGAACUUACAAAGAAGAACAAUGAUGCUUCCAUAAGAAACAUAGAAAGGCAGAUUGGACAGCUUUCCAAGCAAGCUGUGAUUGAAAGGCCAUCAAGCUCACUCCCAAGUGAUACCAUUCCAAAAUCUAAAGAAGAGUGCAAAGCCAUACAGCUAAGGAGUGGAAGAACCUUGGUGAAUGACAAGGAGGCAACCAAGAAGCCUAUGGAAAGCAACAAAAAGCCAACAGAGAAAGAGGAAGCCAACAACAAAGAAGUGACAGCAAGCAAGCAAACUUCAGAAAAGCUCAAAAAGAAUGAUGACCAGCCACAAAACUUAAGGAAAAGGAAGGAAGCAAUAAAAGGACCAACUCAAGGACAGAAGCAAGAGGAGAAGACUUUUACACCUCCCUUGCCAUACCCUCAAAGGUUUAACAAAGAAACCAAGGAUCAACACUUCCCCAAAUUCCUUGAAGUCUUCAAGAAAUUGGAGAUUAAUAUUCCAUUGGCUGAGGUAUUAGAGCAGAUGCCUUUCUAUGCAAAGUUCUUGAAAGAGCUUAUUAAUAAAAAGAGAAGUUGA